AUGGCUAAGAUACAGAAAAAAGGAAAUUCUGGCGCUGCCAAAAACUACAUCACGCGCACGCGCGCCGUGAAGAAGCUGCAGAUUUCGCUCCCAGACUUUCGCCGUCUGUGCAUUUUCAAAGGAAUCUACCCUCGCGAACCGCGCAAGAAGAAGAAGGUUUCCAAGGGUUCGACCGCUGCCACCACCUUCUACUAUACCAAAGAUAUCCAGUAUCUGCUCCAUGAGCCGCUUCUGGCCAAGUUCCGCGAACACAAGGCUGUCGCAAAGAAGAUUGCGAAGGCUCUUGGUCGCGGCGAAGCUGGGGAUGCCGCACGUCUCGAGAAGAACCUCGCUCCCAAGAUCAAGCUCGACCACAUCAUCAAGGAACGCUACCCCACCUUCACCGAUGCCCUGCGCGACCUCGACGAUGCUCUCUCUAUGCUUUUCCUCUUUGCGAACCUGCCGUCGAGCCAGCACGUCCCUGCUAAGACCAUUGCUCUUUGUCAGAAGUUGUGCCACGAAUUCGAGCACUACGUAAUCACCUCCCACUCGCUGCGCAGGUCGUUCCUAUCUAUCAAAGGCAUCUAUUACCAGGCCACCAUACAAGGACAGGACGUGCUUUGGCUGGUUCCCUACCGAUUCGUGCAAAGAACCGGAGGAGACAUCGACUUUAGGAUCAUGGGCACAUUCGUAGAAUUCUACACCACGCUGCUCGGCUUCGUCAAUUACCGUCUGUACACGUCCAUUGGCUUGGUAUAUCCCCCCAAGUUCAAUGCUGAUCUGGACGCACAAGGCGCCGAAUUGAGCGCGUUCCAGAUCGAAGGCAAGAGUGUCGCAACCAAUGGAGACGCGUCACACGGUGAUGUUUCCGCGACUGCAAACCCGGAAGCCCAGGCGGUUGCCGACAGGAUCGCCGCUGCGCCAAUUGCUGAAGAAGAACAGCCAGAUACUGCUCAAGCAGUGCAAGCCGUUGAAGACGAAAACACGGAGACCAUCGACAAAUUUGAGGCGGUCGCUCCUGACGCAGAUGUCCUGCCUCAACCAUCGGCCAGUAGUGCCGAGGUGGCCUCGUUGUUCGCACCGUAUACUAUUUAUCUCUCGCGAGAAACUCCACGUGCCCCCUUGGAAUUCAUACUGAAGGCCUUUGGUUGCAAACGUGUUGGCUGGGACUCUACUUUGGGAGAUGGUGCAUUCACCUCGAACGAGUCUGAUGCGUCCAUCACACAUCAAAUCGUCGAUCGAACAUCCAUUUCCUCAGAAGAGGCACCAGAAAUCGUCGAUGGAGCUGCGCCUAAGGUGCAAUGGCCGCGGUCGACAAUGCCCGGGCGAACUUAUGUGCAACCUCAAUGGGUGUGGGAUUGCAUCAAUCAGGGAAAGCUGCUUCGUCCGGACCUAUACGCUCCUGGUGCUGAACUGCCGCCUCAUCUCAGUCCGUGGGUGAAGGCCAAGAAGGGUGAAUACGAUCCUAACCUGCCUUUGCAAGCACAAGAGCUUGAGGGUGAGGCGGAAGCGUUUGAGGACGAGGAAGAGGUUGCUUCUGAGGCGGAGGAGGCAUCAGAAGAUGCAGAUGAUGCAGAUGACGCCAUGGAGAGUGAUGCAUCUGUGGAGGCUGGUGAAGGCAUGCAAGUCGACGGCUCCGACGACGAAGAAGACGUUGAUGAUGACGAGCCCCAAGUUGCCGCAGACGACUUCGAGGGAUUCGAUUCUGAUGCUGAAUCAGACGUAUCUGAGGGCGAAGCUGCUCGACUACAACAUCAACGCGAAUUAGAAGCAGAGGCUACCGGCAAGAAGCUUGAACCCGAGGUUGAGACGACCAAGUCGAAGAACGCUGCCGUGCGCAAGAAGGCGGAGAAGAAGCGAAAGGAAGAGCAAGAGGAACGCGAUCGACAGAAGAUGAUGCUUUCGAACAAAAAGCGAAAGCUGCUCAAGCGCAUCGAGUACGGAUCGAACAAGCGGGAUGCUGAGGCGGAGAGCCUCAGGAGGAAGAAGCGGCGGCUCGACAAGGCAAAGGCGGCCUCGGAGGCAGUAUGA